AAGUGUCAUAUUACGAAUUUACUCAUCAAGAGGAAGCCAACUUUUGGAUCCCGUGACGAUUACAGUCUCAUCGUAAUUGCGACACUUAUAACCACUGAUUAGGUGGAGUGCAAUGCGCUUCCCGAUCCCUUUGGCGCGGACGGUUUGGGUCGUGCUCUCAUAUUUCUGUGAUUGACAGACUUUAUUUUCAGUCUAAUGGGGCAGUUUACGUAAAAGCGAACACGCGGAUGAUAAGUAGGAAGGAUAUGAUUCAUGGACCUCGCGUAAAUUGUCUGAAACGUGAGAGCAUUUGAUUCUUAGAAGAAGGAGUCAAGACCGACGCUCAUUUAUUUUUCUCCUUCGGUUCGGAGUUCCUCCGAAUUUAUUAACUGUCGGAAUCUAAGCUAAGUGUCAGAAGGAGAAUCGAAUUCCAAAAUAACACGUAGUUGGUAAAAUAAUCCUCAUAAAAGGGUGCCGGACGACCAGUACCGAUGCUCUUUUGUCUUCCGUCCCGGGCCGCAGUUCCUCGGGGUUUAUUGAUCCCAGUUGUAAACACACCAUGGCAGGAGUCGGACGGGAAGGCCCGCUCCUCCUCGCCCUCUCCUCCUCGACCCUCCUCCCCAGUGUCAAUGGCAAGCCCUCGACGGGGACGGAUCUCGAAAUAGACGAGAAGUACCAGAACACGCAUAGGAUCGACAGCUUGAAUAUCCUCCUGUACACCUUCUUACUGAUCCUAACGGUGGUGACGAUAUGGAUCUUCAAAUACCGAAGGGCGAGGUAUUUGCACGAGACCGGCCUGGCUGUCAUCUACGGUUUGAUAGUCGGUGCCAUCCUGAGGUACAGCGGGGACAACACCCCCGUCAGCCACAUGGUGGUUGACCCCAAAGAGCCACAGACCUACCAUGGGGAUGCCCCUCCAGACACCCUCUGGUUGAAGUACGGAGGUAAUAUAAAUGCUAGCCAGAACAGAACCUACGCAUAUUCUUUCAGGGGAGAGAUUCCUGAAAGCUUAGAAGAUGAGAUUGUUCAGAAGGCAACUUUUGAUCCUGAAAUCUUCUUUAACAUCUUGCUGCCUCCCAUUAUCUUCAGUGCUGGCUACAGUCUCAAGAGGAGACAUUUCUUCAAGAACCUGGGUGCCAUUUUCACAUUUGCCUUUCUGGGGACAACCAUAUCAACUUUUGUAGUUGGCGGCUUAGUGUAUGGCUUCUUAUGGCUGUUGAGCUCAAGCUUCUCAUUCAUCGACUGCCUUUUAUUCGGCGCCCUCAUCUCCGCCACCGACCCAGUCACCGUGCUGGCCAUCUUCUCGGAUCUCCACGUGGACGUCAAUCUGUAUGCCCUGGUGUUUGGAGAGUCGGUUCUCAACGAUGCAGUUGCCAUUGUCUUGUCUAGUGCCAUUGAAAGUUAUGGCAGUGCCAGUGGAGGCUUUGAGACGUCGGCCUUCUUCCUGGCCAUCCUCAAUUUCCUGUGGAUCUUCAGCAUGUCAUUCCUCAUCGGCUCAGUCAUGGGCUGCCUCACCGCCAUCCUCACCAAGUUCACGCGCCUUAAGGACUUCCCGCUGCUGGAGACGGCGCUCUUUGUCCUCAUGUCAUACUCUACCUUCCUCAUGGCAGAGGCAGCGGACUUGACAGGUAUUGUGGCUGUGCUCUUCUGUGGAAUCUGCCAAGCCCACUACACCUACAACAACCUGUCUGCGGAGAGUCGCGUUGCUACCAAGACGCUGUUCGAACUCCUCAAUUUCCUCUCAGAAAACUUUAUCUUCUCAUACAUUGGGGUGUCUAUGUUCACCUUUGACCACCACAAGUGGGACGUGGGAUUCAUCUCCAUCGCCUUCGUAGCCAUCAUCGCGGGGCGCUUCAUGUGCGUCUACCCUCUUUCCUUCCUGCUGAACCUUGGUCGGACUCCGAAGAUCCCCAUCAACUUCAUGAACAUGUUGUUCUUCUCGGGUCUCAGAGGAGCCAUAGCCUUUGCCCUUGCCAUUCGCAACACCAGCAGCACUGCACGGAAGGCCAUCCUAACCACGACGUCGCUGAUAGUCAUUAUAACUGUCAUAUUAUGCGGCGGCCUCACCACCCAGGUUCUCUCAUGGCUUGGGAUACCGGUUGAUGUGGAGGAUGAUGAAACCCACCACCUAAACACCUCGUUCCAGCCAAUCAGAAAUGAUUACAAAAGCAUUGACGAAGGCAGGGGGCCAGGGGCAGAGGAUGGGGGAGACGGCCCUGGCGAAGGGACCAGCAGCAGCUCGAGCAAGUACGAGAAGGCCUGGCUGUUCCGCAUCUGGUCGCAGUUUGACGUGAGGUUCAUGAAGCCUUUCCUGACCAACAGUCGCCCCACCCUGCUAGACACGACACCCCUCUGCUGCGCACCCUUAGCGAGGCUCCUGACUACAACCGAACAGCUGACGCAGGAUCGCGACCCUCUUAAUGAUGACCUUCCAAUAGACGACUCUAUCAUCAGUGUCGGGGGAAUUCACACCUCCAUAGACUCGAGUCGGCAGAAUAUAACCAACCCCUUAUACGACGGCGACCUGGGCUUGGGUUCGUCCAGUAGCGUGCCCACCCGGGUGUCCGUGGCUGGUUCCCGGGGCCAAGACCUGUAGAGACGGCGAGUGGCUGCGUCCAACGUCUUGUGUGUUAAAUGAAGAUGUGUUUGUAUAGUGAAACGUGCCGAGUGACAUGAGAUUGGAGGAAGUCAUGUUUGGCAAAAAGUGUCAUACUCUCCAUAAAUCCUUUUUUUUUUUUUCAUGUGAAUAUAUAUGUGUAUGUGGGCUUGAAAGUGUUUUAAGAGCCAGAGUAGCUUCUGUGUUUCAGAGAGUUUUAUUUAUUACACUUUGUUUUUUCCUGUCGUAAGUGUUGGAAAAAUUUGAUACACCAUAUUGACUUAUGGAAUGCAUUUUUUUUCUUUCUUUCUUUUUCUUUCUUUCACUCCUUUCUUUUAUUUUGUAUGAGAUUUUUGUUACCUUCUAGCUGUCAUUAUAUUAGAAUUACAUUGUUGAGAUUACAGCGUAGGAACUUGUAGUGACAGUACUUUCCAUACUGUGUACAUACUAAACACGAACUCUGUGAGAGAUGUGGUUGCUUGUGUUUGUCUGGCGGAGGUUUGCAAGAGAGCAUGUAUACUACGUUUCAGUGUGCCAAUAACCAAAUGACGUAUGCCAGAUUGAGGUAAAGGGAAAAAGAAAGUAAUUUUGCCCUUUUUUUUAAUUUUGUUACUAUGUAGGUGUAUUUUUUUAGAUUAUUAUAAUUGUAAUUAAUCAUUAUUAUUAUUAUUAUUAUUAUUAUUAUUAUUAUUAUCAUCAUCAUCAUUAUUAUCAUUAUUAUUAUUGUUGUUGUUGUUGUGAUUAUUAUUAAUGAAUCAAUCAGUAUUUAUUAAAUGAUCUAUGUAAAUCUUUCUUAUUUUUUAGUUUUUGUAGAAUAUUUAUGCACUCAGUCUGGAACUUGUUUGUCUAUUAUAAGGAAGCUUUGUCUCUAAUACUUGUGCAAUGUCAAGUAUAGAAUCAUUGUUGAUGCUGUUUUAGGGCAUUUUGCUCUUUCUCUCAUUUUCUUCUUUUUCAUUUAUAUUCAGAAGCACGAGAAAAGGCAGAAAAGGAGGUUAAACGAAAGUAUAAUAUCCAAUUUGUUACUGAUCACAAUUAGAGGUUUAAAAAGCUAGGAGACUCUUGUGACAAUCUUGUUGGUCUGGAAUACAAACAUUUGAUAAUAAUUCUUAGUACGUUAGGUUAUUAAUGUGAAAAUUAUUUCAAAUGUAGUUGCUAUGGUUAGUUUCAGUGGUUGAUAUUGGCCCACUACUGAUAAUUCACAAACUCUGUGAAAUAGUGGUAGAUUCUUUGAAUGUACUUUGUUGAUGUGGGAUAUGAAUAUGAUCAUGAUUUAUUGAUCAUUAUUGAUAAUGUUGUUGGAAGGAUGUUAUCAUUACGGCAAGCUGUAAUUAUUUUAUUAUUAUUUUUUUUUAAGGUUUUCAAGGUGGAUGUAAAUUGCAUACAUAUAAGAUAAAUGUGAUAUGUUUGAAUGGGUUCUAGAAAGAUCAGAUCGAUUAUUCACUUCCAUAGGUUAACCAUGUAGUUUUUCAUGUUGGAAGAAACCAGUGAGACAGCUCAGCUUGUGCUUGUCUUAUGCGAUGUUACAUGUAGGCUUUUGUGGGAAGCAUAAAUGAUGCUUUUCUUAACCAAGGGGAACGUAUUUGAAGAACUUUAUAUAGGGUGAUGAGGGAGGGGAAUGUAGAGAGGGAAGGAGGGAGGGAGGAAGGGAGGGAGGAAGGGAGGGAGGGAGGGGAAUGGCAUUGUUUUACCUUAAUAUAAACAGCUUUGAUGGCUUAGAUCUGUCUAUGCAGUGUAAGAAUAUUGGUUUCUGUUUAGGGGUCAUUUAAGUUUGCUUCAAAGUAAAAAAAAUAAAUUUGUUAUAUAUAUUACGAUGUUCACUCAGUGCACUUAAAUGUGUCUGUGCUUCGUGUGUCUCUCUCCAGUAAGAGUCAGUGUAGUGAGCACUUCAGUAUUCAUGCUUGUAAAUGCCCACUCGAGGACGAGCAUCUGAGAAAGCAUGUGUUAAAAUGCUCAUGCUUACCUAUAUUGCGCAUACUACUACCUUAGGAUGGUCCCUCUUAAGGUUUUCUAUUUUCAUAUUUACAGAACAGGUAUUAUAUUUUUACUUGAUCAAGCUCUGGACAUAGUAUACCUAUUGCUAAGACUACUACUGUGCAUUGUAUCGAUUCCCGUUCGUUUCAGGGGUUUAUCCCAGGAACGAACAAACGGGAUAGCCCAAGUUGAAAGGAAUUUUCAUAGUUGUUGUACAUAGGAGAUUAGCUGUAAUAAAAAUGUUAAAA